CCGACCAUGGCCUCGAAUCUACUAUCUAGACUUCUUCCUGCCGCCUCGGAUGAUCCAUACGAAAACCGCCCUCUAAAUACCCAACGCCGUCGGAGUUUCGCCUCGGCUGACGAGCACGAUGUCAUGGACAUCGACGAAGAAAACUUAGGAGCCCGAUUUGAGGCGCAAGAUCUGGAUCAUUUGCUUGCGGAAGCUUCCUCUAGCCAGAUGACCACCGAGAGCACCGCCUUUGCUCCGUCCGACAACAAGGAGCGCCUUCCCCCUGGCAUUAACACUGCGAACAGGGCUAUGGGAUGGAGACAGCCUUUGCCCGCCCAGGUUGCUUCGAUCGAUGACGACGACGAUGUUCCUCAAUCGUUACUUUUAGAAGGCGGUAUGGAGUCACCUCGCGUGCCUACACAAAAAUCCCGACGGACCGAUGGCUUGCCACCUCCCGUCCCUGGCCCGGCUACUAGACAGACGCGAGCACAGUGGGAGACUACGAGGCAACAUCAACGACUACAUGCUGAAGAAGACACUGGUCAUCCUGUUCACACCUGGGCUCACAGGGCUCGGCGCGGCCAGUUCGUAGCUGAUCGGAGGGAGAAGGCGCUUUGGCUCUGGGUCAACCAGACCGAUCUUGAUACUUUUCUGCAUGAUGCCUACCAGUAUUAUGUCGGAUGCGGGAUAUGGUCCAUUAUCUUGCGUACAGCUCUGUUGCUUCUGCAGACCGCCUUUGUGGUAGGCUUUUUGACCUUCCUAGGUUGGUGUAUUGAUUACUCCAAGCUCCCUGGCAGCCACAAGAUGGACGACGUGCUCGUGAAGAAGUGCUUGAAAGGUAUGCAUGGGACGUGGGUGUUUAUUCUUUGGCUUUUUUCUAUAUAUUGGCUGUACUCCCUUUAUCGUAUUGUGACAGCUAUCCCGAGGCUUCGGGCCAUGCAUGACUUCUAUCACUAUCUCCUCGAUAUACCCGAUGCCGAUAUUCAGACGGUGCAGUGGCAACAGGUUGUCAGCAAAAUCAUGGCUCUGCGUGAUCAGAACCUGACGACUGCAUCCAACUUGUCUCCAAAGGUUCGGAAGCUGCUGGAUUCAAAGAGUCGACAACGUCUGGAUGCAAUAGAUAUAGCUAAUCGGCUAAUGCGACGUGAGAACUAUCUGAUUGCCCUGUUCAACAAAGAGAUUCUCGACGUCAGCAUUCCAAUACCGUUUUUGGGCAACAGGUCCUUCUUCUCGGAAACAACGAAAUGGCAUGUGGAACUUGCCAUCAUGGAUUUUGUUUUCAGCGGGCCAAAUGGUCAAUUCAACCAAGAUUUCCUGAGGGAACGCAACAGACGCGAUUUGGUCAAGAAGCUGAGGACCCGAAUACUCGAGGUGGGAAUCAUGAGUGUUGUCUGCGCACCUUUUAGUGUGUGUUAUGUGCUCGCAUCAUACUUAUUCAAGUACUUUACUGAAUAUACCAAAGACCCAUCUCAACUUGGUACCCGCGACUUCACUACAUUUGCUCAGUGGAAGUUCAGGGAGUUCAACGAACUUCCCCACUUGUUCCUACGUCGGAAAAACAUGGCGAUUCCUUUCGCCAACCACUACCUCGCUCAAUUCCCAAAAGACAAGACAGAGCAGCUGGCGGCGUUUGUGGCCUUCAUAGCAGGAGCAUUCGCCUCUGUGUUGGCACUUUUCACGCUUUUUGAUCCCGAUCUGUUCCUUGAUUUCGAAAUUACUUCUGGUAGGACGGCGUUGUUCUAUCUUGGUGUUCUGACAGUGGGCUAUCAAUUGGCCAGAAGAAGCAGUCCGCAAGAUGACCAGGUCGCGGAUCCCGCAUACCACAUGGGCCAUGUCAUAUUUCAUACAAGAUAUUCGCCAAGUGCCUGGGAGGAUCGCCUACAUACAGAUGAGGUGCGAGCUGAAUUCUCGAAGCUAUACCAACCCAAAAUCAUUAUCUUCUUAGAGGAGAUUUUGAGCAUGGUUAUAACGCCGUUUCUUCUUGUCUUCCGUCUACCUGAUUGCAGCGAACGUCUAGUAGACUUUUUCCGCGAGUUCUCUAUCGUAGUCGAUGGUCUGGGAGUUGUUUGUUCGUAUUCGAUGUUCCCUGCUAAGAAAGGGGGAGAUAACAUACCUGCGAACAAGAACGGAGGUGUUCGAGAGGAUGCCGAACUUCGAGAAGAUUAUUUCAUGGCGAAAGACAACAAGAUGCUCGCAUCUUACUACGGUUUCCUCGAUGCGUACAGCGGUCAAACGCGGAUGAACGGCCGUACCCAGGGCAAAGGGAAUUUCCACCCUCCGCCACAAUUUCCAAACAACUAUGGCCAUGCCUCCCAGAUAGCGCCGCCUGCGGAGAUGGCUGUACAGGGCACGAACAGGGGGCCAGCGGGGAAACAGCCAGUGAAUCGUCGUACACCACGCUCAGGACAGGGUGCAUAUGAUCAAUUCCAAUCCACCGUGUUGGAUCCGCACCACCAGCCAUCUGCUUCUCUCCUGAGAGGUUCUCCCCGGCAAGGUCCGCACGGAAGGUAUCAACAGGCGCAAUCACGCAUUGAAGAAGAGAGUACAAUCGGUGAGUCUUGGCGAACGAGUAGGCUCGCGCAAGACGAUGACGAGGAGGAUGAGGUGCCAGACAACAAUCGGGGUGGUGUGCUUCAGCUGGUACAACAAUUCUCCAAGGCACAAGUCAAGGGCCAAGGAGCUGGUGUUGGGGUAUAG